AUGGCCAGCGCAGGGGCCGAGUUCAUCUGCCCCGGCCGUCAGGGGGCCUGCGAGCUGCCGGCCGCGCUGCCCUGGCUGCGUCUCCUGCUGCUGCUGCAGCUGCCCUUGACCGAGGCGGCGGCAGUGUGGCCCAGGGACCCGCGCGCGCCCUUCCUGGCGCGCAGUGAGGCGGGUACCCGGAGCCGGGCCGGCGCAGGCACUAGCCUGCAGAACGUCAGCGAAGUGUGUGGGAAGAAUGCAGGAGCCGGGAGGAUCUUUGGGGGCAGUAAGGCACCGGCUAGCAGGUGGCCAUGGCAGGUCAGCCUGCUCUACCUGGGCCGGCACAUCUGCGGAGGCAGCCUCAUCGAUCAUUACUGGAUAGCCACAGCUGCCCACUGCUUCCAAAGGUCCCAGGCACCAAAGGACUACAUGGUCCUGUUGGGGUACAACCAGCUGCACAAACCCUCCUCACACAGCCGCCAGAUGACUGUGAAUCGGAUCAUCCUCCACCCAGACUUUGAAAAGCACUACCCCAUGGGGAGCGACCUCGUCUUGCUGCAACUGCACCUGCCUGUGGAAUUCUCUCCCCAGAUCAUCCCUGCCUGCCUCCCUGGAUCUAAUGAGACGCUGCCCCUUGACCUUAGCUGCUGGAUCAGUGGCUGGGGGCUGAUCACCGAGAAAAUGUUCCUGCAACCACCCUAUGAUCUUCAGGAGGCAGAGGUCGGCCUCAUAGAAAACAGAUUCUGUAAAGCCUUUUUCGAUCCCCCAACCCCCACUGGCAACGAGUACACCGUGAAGGACGACAUGAUAUGUGCUGCGGACCUCGUAACAGGAAAGGCCAUCUGCCGAGGAGAUUCUGGGGGUCCUCUCGUCUGCUAUUUGAAUGGUGCCUGGCACCUGUUGGGGGUGUCCAGCUGGAGCUCUGACUGCCUGCAUCCCGUGGGCCCCAGUGUCUUCACCAGGGUCACCUACUUCACCAGCUGGAUCAAGAACAUCCAGACAAAUACGCCCAUCCCCAACCCUGCCGAGGCUCCUACCCAGGGCACACCACCAUCUGUGACCUUUCCGAUGUCCCUCGCUGCCACCCACAUGCCCUGGGCCUGCUUGUGCCUCAUAGCUUGGCAGAUCCUCCUUCUGCUGCCCGCUUUCCUCAGGACUCAGUGAAGGCCCAGGUCAUGGCCUGCCAAGGGGGCUCCUUCUUCCAGGGCCCCUCUCCAUCUGAGGCAUCCCCCGUCCCAAGCC